UCCAUUUUACUGCAGCAGAGGAUAUUAUAAAUAAAUCAAUAAACUUAGUUUUAUUUUCUGUUUUCCAAUAUUUCUAUAUUUUGAAGCUAUAGUACUCUAUUCUCCACAAUUUAGGAGAUUUGUUAGUCUGGUUUGAAUACCAGAAUGCUUCAAAGUAAGCCAGGUUGGUUACAAAAGGCUGUGAAAGGUGUGCUUUUAGAUAUUACAGGGGUGUUGUAUAACAGUGGACAAGGGUUGGGGCAGGCCAUCCCUGGAUCAAUCAAUGCUGUGGAGAGGUGAUGUAUACUAGGGAUACUAGGGGGAAGGUUGGAGGGGCAUGAUUGAUGCAUACAUUUGUGUACAAAGUAGAGACAGGCUUAAUUAUUCAUAUGCAUGUAUAUAUAAACAUAUACAAAAUGCCAGUGUGGAAAGUUUGUAUCGGGCAACUGAGAUAGCAGGUGCGCAAUUUGAUGCUUUCUGUAUAUUUACUAUUAAUUUUUUUAAAAUCUUGGGUGUGCAAUUUCCAAACUUUCCACUCAGGGCAUAAUUAUUUUUUGGGACUAAUAAUAAAUUUAUUUCAACAAAUAAAGUCAGGGGUGUGACCCCCCCCCCCAAUUAAAAGUUCUGAGGGGACCCUAUUUUGGCCCCUGGAACCUGGCAAGAUUAUGGCAAAAACAUGACAAGAUCACGGAGGUGUUGGAGGCAAAGAUCUUGCAGGAUUUAUACAAGAUCUUUUCAAGAUCAUGGCAUGAUCGUGGCAAGACUUUAGGAAGAUCUUGGAAAGAUCUUAGGAAGAUCUUGGAAAGAUCUUGCCAAUACUGUCAACCUGGGGUUGCAGGCCCAAGACAAGUUUAUUUUUUAUUGAUGGAAACAAUUUUAGCACAUUUUUGAUGAGGUAACCAGGGACCACCAAGUGACCCAAAACCAGCAGGGGCAGCGGAAAGUCGAUAAUUGGGGGGGGGGGGCUGAUAUUCAUAUAUUCAUGUUCUGCAUCAUUUAUUUCCUUUGAAAGCGAUUGUUUUUACAGUCUGUGAACACGAAUAUAUGAAUAUCAGCCCCCCCCAAUUAUCGACUUUCCACCACCCCUGAAAACCAGUACUGGUAGGCUGGGGACAAAAAGAGAAAAUAGUACAGGUUCUUAACCCAAAAGGUUGCCCUCCACAGCCUCUUUCAUCCGAAAGUCAAUGUUUGUCAGGUGCAGCCACCUGAUGAUUCCUUUUGGACGAACAAGCUAUAGUGGCAAACGUUUGGGGUAAAAUACUAUAAUUUGUACAUAUCUUCAUGUAUUUUGUAUUAUGUAAUUUCCUAACUGUACAUAUCUUCAUGUAUAUUGUGUUAUAUAAUCAAUUGCACACCUUGAUUGUAAUAGCAAAUCUGGUGACAAAUAAGUGUUUAUGUCAUGAAUGUCAGGAGUGUAAUAGUAAAUGACAAAGUGUGGCAAAAUGUAUAGUAAAACUGAUACCAUAUGUCCUGCACUAUUUCAUGACCAGAAAAGUUGAGAACCAAGCAUAUUUUAAGUGUAAAUUUGCAUUCAAUAGGUUAAAAUCAUCAGGCAUUCCUGUGAAAUUUUGCACCAAUGAGACGCAAUGCACUCGUGAAAAGUUGGUAUCGAAAUUAAACAAACUUGGUUUUAGUUUAACAUUGAAUGAAGUUCACUCACCAGCUCCACUUGCUGUUGCAUAUAUCAAGGAACAUAAACUCAGACCAUAUUUACUGGUUCACACAGAAGCUUUGGGUGAUUAUGCAGAUGUUGAAAAGUCAGAAUCAAACUGUGUUGUUGUUGGCGAUGCAGCUGAAGAGUUUAAUUAUGAAAAUAUGAAUAGAGCUUUCAGAGUUCUCUUGGAGUCAGAUAAUCCUAUAAUUCUGGCUUUGGGAACUGGGUAAGGAAUGUCAAAUGAGUAUCUGUGUAUGUUUUGAGGCAUGAAGUUAUAAAAUAAUACUCCCUCUUGUAGACGAUACUACAAAGACAGCGGCGAGCUAGUUCUUGACAAUGGUCCGUUCAUAAAAGCCUUGGAGGUACAGUAAAUGCAUCCUUUUAUAAAGUACAUCAUUAAUCAUUAUGUACGCCAUUUUCUUCCUCAAUAAAUUGACUCCACUGUUCUGUUUGGUAGUAUGCUUGUGAUGUGAAAACUGUCGUCCUUGGCAAGCCAGCUACCUCGUAUUUUGAUGGUGCGGUUAAAAAACUUGGUGUCCCAGCAGAAAAUGUAAGGCUUUGUAACUUUUUAUAACAUAGAUCAUAAUUGUCAUUGGUUAGAAAAUUCAGCACCUGAAACGGGUUCUUUAUACUUUUACGUGACGUUUACCAUUUUACGUGAAUACAUAUAUACAGGAUUUCACCACCCUUUCCAACCUAUUCAGUAUGUGAGACAAUGCUGAGUGAGACAAUGAAGACAUGUUUCCCGCAAUUCCUGGUAAUGGCUGUGAAACAUGUAGCCUGUAGCAAGUGUUAUGUACUGAAGACAAAGUUGCAUACACAUGCAGUAUAAAAAAAUCACGUACGUAAAUUGUUCCAGUAAGGUUCAAAACCAAGCUAGCGCUCGAAACAUUUGUUUUCGUAUCUUUUUCGGGUCGUUUUUCAAAGCUGUCGAAAACCAAAAUACUGUACUAUAAAUUCAUGCGAUGUGUUUUCAGGUUAUUAUGAUCGGAGAUGAUUUGAUAGGUGAUGUUGGUGGAGCACAGUCGUGUGGUAUUAGAGGUGUUCAAGUUAAAACUGGCAAGUAUAGGUAAGAUGUACAUCAUUAUGCAUUACUAUAGAGGUUCAGAUUAGACUUGUACUACCACUACUAUUAAGGGACCAUCAACCAGAUGCAUUUCAUAUAUUCGAUUAACCAAUCAGUUGCAUUUCGUAUAUUCGAUUAACCAAUCAGUUGCAUUUCAUAUAUUCGAUUAACCAAUCAGUUGCAUUUCAUAUAUUCGAUUAACCAAUCAAAUGUGUACUAUUUAGCCAGUGAAAGGUAGCGCCGUAGUGGAAGUCAAAUUUUGGAACGCUUUUGAGGCGUUAUCGAGGAGUCUGUCACAAUUAUGCUUUUGUUUUCCACAGGCUACAGGAUGAACAGCACGAAACAAUAAAAGCUGAUGGCCGCGUGAAAGACUUGGCCGAAGCUGCAGAACUCAUUUUACAAUUUAAUACUGUGACAACCUAACACGAAUCUUGAUCAUAUUAAGAUAUCAAUAAACUCUGUUAGACAUAGUCAUAGGGAAGAACAUGGCAAAAUUAAAAUCAAUAUUAAAUUAAUAAGUAAAUUAAAUUAAUAUCAAAUUCUAUUAUAGCAAGAAUAUUGCGAAAGCACUUUCUAUGUAUCGUGCAUGCCCAAGUGAUCCGUUUUCAGGUCAAAUACGUAAGGCGGCCAAUUAUUUAAAUGACAUUAGCAUUUUAGGUUAUUCCAAGGAACAAAUUUGUGACAGAUUUUUGUUGCUUGUGAAUAAUAUUGUUUCAAAAAAGAAUAAUCACAAACGCGGACCUUUUGCUUUGGGAGUCAGGGGUAACAUUGUUACUAUCCGAAUUGACGUCACAAGGAUUAGGAGAAUGGUUGUUUGCUGUUUGUGACGUGGAAAUUCGCCCGCAGUACAAUUUCUAUUCGUGCAGACAACCGCAAUGUUUUGUAGGAAGUUGGGGUUAUGUCCUCAUAUUGGCUCACAAUAGGGUAACGUUGCGAUUGGCGUCAAGAUCAAAGAGAAAUAUUUUCGUACACGACACACGAGGACAUCCCUCCCACCUUUAGGGAAGAACAGUUCAUAUAUGUAACUGAGUUAGCUUGCUGCUGUAAAUAAAGCUUUUACUCACUUUAUCAAAACGUUUCUAAUCAUUUCAACUAUAUUAUAAGAAAAUUUCAAAUAAACACUAAGUAAAGAGUAAAAUCAAUGUAGUAAUGAUAAAAUAUAGAAGCAAUCAACUCCUCAUCCUUGAUCAAAUGUUUUCACUUAUUCUGCUCCUAACGCAUAAAUAGUUUUUUUUAAGCUUGUACAGUUUGUUCUUUGUUUGUGUUGUCUUCAUCAUCUGACUUGCCAGAGCCGAGUGAUGUUCCUGACAUGGAGCGUGUGCGCAGAGUUGGCACU